UCCAUUUUUCAUUUCAUUAUUUUUUUUUCACAUUUUGCGCCAUAAAGCAAAAUCUAAAAACCCCCAAAACCCAAACCCUCAUUCUCGUUUUCUCUCAUCGGAACCGAAAUUCUCCGAAUAUCACAAUGGUUGAAGAAGCUCCAACUGCAUCUGAGACUUCCGUCACAAUGCCUCAACCAACUGAACCUGUAGCGGUCAUCGACGGAACCCUAAACCACGACGAACGCGACAAAAAUGGAACCACUGUGAACGCCACCAUUGAAUCCGACGCUGCAACUUCUAGCGAUGCUCAGAAGUCUCUGGAAUUGGCUGCUGAGCUGAUGGAUAAGGGAAACAAGGCUAUGAAAGAGAACGAUUUUGCUGAGGCUGCUGAUAACUUCAGCCGUGCUCUCGAGAUCAGAGUUGCUCAUUAUGGUGAACUUGCUCCUGAGUGUGUUCACACAUACUACAAAUAUGGCUGUGCACUGUUAUACAAGGCUCAGGAGGAAGCCGAUCCUUUGGGUGCUGUUCCCAAGAAGCAGGAUGGGUCUCAACAUGGCUCUGAUAAAGAUGGAUCUGGGAAAAGUGCUAUGAAUGCUGAAUCCUCGACUGCGUCUUUUGCAAGUAAUGUUGAGCAGGAUGUGACUUCGAAUAACCAGGAGUCAGAAGUGGUUAAUGUGUCUGGUAAGAACGAGCAGGAAGAUGAUGCGGAUAGUGACACUGAAGAGUUGGCAGAAGGUGAUGAAGAUGAGUCUGACCUGGAUUUGGCAUGGAAAAUGCUUGAUAUUGCUAGAGCCAUUGUUGAAAAGCAAUCUGCCAAGACUAUGGAGCAAGUGGAUAUACUAUCAACAUUGGCAGAUGUUGCUUUGGAAAGAGAGGAUUUUGAAACAUCUCUGUCAGACUACCAGAAGGCACUAUCCAUCUUAGAACAGCUGGUUGAACCAGAUGACAGAAACAUUGCUGACAUAAAUUUCCGUAUAUGCUUGUGUUUGGAGGUUGGUUCUAGGCCUGAAGAAGCUAUUGCUUAUUGUGAGAAAGCGGCAUCUGUUUGUAAGGCACGUUUACAUCGUCUCACAAAUGAAGUGAAGAGUUUUUCAGAUUCGGCAUCUUCUGCUUCCAAGUUAGAGGGGGAUGAACAAACAUUCCCUGGAUCUGAGUCUAAUACCUCAAUUGUGGAUAAACAAGCAGAAAUUGAAACUCUUACAGGUCUCGCAAGUGAACUGGAAAAGAAGCUUGAUGAUCUACAACAGUUAAUCUCGCACCCAAAAUCCAUUCUCGCUGAGAUCCUAGGAAUAGCAGCUGCCAAGGCAGGCAAUGGAAAGGAACCAUCUCUAGGAAGAGUGGGCUCCUCACAGUUGGCUACUGCCAACAGCAGUGGAGGCUUUGACUCUCCAACCAUUUCAACCGCUCACACCAAUGGAUCUGCUGGAGUCACACACCUUGGUGUGGUAGGAAGAGGAGUUAAGCGAUCAUCAAAUGCUAGUGCGGCAGAAGCAAGCAUAUCAAAGAAACCAGCAUUAGAAACAACUGAAGACAAAGGUGAUGGAGGCGACGCGUGAUGUAUAUACUGGUCCCAGUUCUUGUGUAUGGAGUGCACAUUUUGAACACUGAAUGCUUUCAUACAGUUUGGUGAAUGUUUGAACUAUGGGUAUGACCAAUUCAUGCAAAUUCCAUGCUUGAUUGAUUUCAAGAAAGUGUUAUGCCAUAUUUUUCAUCACUGUAGGUUUAUGUGUAGCUAAUUGAUCUCGUCGCAAGUUUCAAAAGACUUGAAUGUAACAACUUCAAAAACCAUGAGAUUUUUUUUUAUCGAUUUAUAAUCACUGCCCA